ACAAUUUCCAAAACAAAAAGCGAAACAAAUUUUUGUCCCUCAGUUGCUUCUCGUCUCAGAAAGAAAAAAACUACAAACCCGGCGUUGCGUAGGUCGUCGAAAGAACAGCGGUGCGACGUGCGGAUCGCACUCGCUCCACGGUGGAGUCAUGUUCGCGCCAGCGGACGUCACACGCAAAAACAGUUGUGUGUGCGUGAUGUCGGUAAAAGAUCCCCAAGUUGUGUGUAGGUCCAUUUUUGACAGGACCGAUUUAUUUACGAUUCUGAGAGAGCGACCGCAUGUUUGAGUGACGAGUGCUGAUGAGCGACGUCUACGGCUAAGUGGAGUUCUGACACAGCUAAUAUACAAUCGUUCCGUAGCCUCGUGGCCACGACUGCUUCUGCAAGAUGUCGCCCCCACGACCUGGUGGUAUGAAUCGGCCAGCAUUAGGAGCAAAGAAGAUGACCGCCAUGUCUUCGUUUCGUCGUGGUUCCGUUGCUUGCUCCUUGGCCGCGGCAACAUGUGUUUUCUUGCUUCAAACAACCGAAGCCACCCUGACCACCAAGCCCGGCGGCAGCAUUGCGCCUGUUAUCAAGAUGUUGGAAGGUAUGCGGCAGCAGUCAGAGAAAGAGUCGAAAAUUGCCAGGGAAGAGCAGGAUGAACUCGAGCAGGAAUGCGAACAAACGAAAAUCCAGGAACAGAAGGAGCUCGCUGUUUUGAAGACAAGUUUGAAAACCCAAAAAGCGGAUAAGCAGGAGGCAUCAUCUCUAGUGGAAAAGGCUGGAAGUGUGAUCUCCGCAACAUCAGAAAAGGAACAACAGGUGACGAAGCAGCUCGCGAGUGAGAAACAGCUUUUCGGGGAAGAGAAGCAAGAGUUUGCAAAACUGGACAAAGAGUCCAGCCAAACCAUCGACAUGGUGCGACGGGCGAUUCGGGCGCUGACGAUGAAGCAGGCGAAAAGUAGUACGUCGGAGGAAGAAGGGGGAUCUGGCGAAAAGAAAUCCUUCCUGCAACUCCAGGAGAAAGCAUUAGAUUCGGUCCAAGUCGCUCUCUCCGCGAUCACCAAAGCAUCGUCUGUUUCGCUGAAAAAACAGGAAAAGUACAGCGCUUUACUUCUCCAGCAGCCCCAAGCGGUCGAUAAAGGGUUGGACACGGAUUCCGGGAUGAGUGGGGUCAUUGACUUAUCGCAAGAAAAAGUGUUAACGUUAACGGUUGUCACAGAUUGCAGUCAGGCAUCACAAAUGUAGCCCAAUAUGCAUGCCACGCAUGACAAAUUCUGACACGUUUUGUGAUGCAUUGCUGCAUCACAAAUUCUAUUCCGUUAACGGUAACACUUUUUCCUGUGAUAUGACCUGUUUGAAAAGUUCCUGCAAGACGAAAUCGCGAGUAAGAACCAAAGGCAACAGGAAUGGUCCGAGAACUCGAUGAAGAAGCAAUUGUUGAUUCAACAACUAACCAACAACGUCGCAAAUCUUAAAACGCUGAUCGAGCGGGAAAAAACGAAAAAAGCGACGAAUGAAGAGAAGCUGGCGAAGGCAGAAGAGAAGAUUGCGGUGUUGGAGGAGGAAGUCAAAAAGUGUUUGAAAACAUUGGAGGACUCGGAAACGAAGUGCUAUGAACUGCAAAAGUAUCGCACUCGUAUAAAUGCAUUCAAAUUUCCUUAGCAUGAGAAAUAAAAUUUGUAAUGCUGAUUUGCCUUGAUAAAGAAAUUUGUAAUGCAAGAUCUGCGCCAUUUAUACGAGUGCGAUACUUUUGCACAGCAUAAGUGCCGGAUUGCGACGAAGGAGUUCCACGAGGAACAGGAGGAUUUCGCUGCGGAGUUAAAGGCGCUCAACACGGCAAUGGAGAUUUUGCAGAAUGCACCCGAUUUCUUGCAAGAAAGCAGUAGUGAUGUAGUUCUUGAUGGACAUCAACUAGCAGGCGCUGCGGUAUCAUCUUUCCUGCAAGUCCAGGCAAGAACACAACUCACUAGCGGCACCAAAGCGCAAAUAAAGUCGACAACCGAACAGCUGCAGCGACAGACCGCUGCGAGCAUCUACCUGCAGAAACUGGCUGCGAAGUGGCUGCAGCAGGAGCAAAGCGGAAGAACAUCAAAUGGAAAUAGUAGCAAACAGACGAGCCAAACGCAAACGCAACUGUACCAGCUCUCCAUCCGCAUUGCGGAGGACCCGUUUGGGAAGGUGAAACAGAUGAUCUCGAACAUGAUUGGGAAAUUAGAGAAAGAAAUGGUAUGACAGUGUGCAACUCCCCCUCCUCCUCAUUUGUAAUUGUAUGGAAAGCAAUACAGACACCCCCACCACCUGUGGAGCCUGUGCAUGACAAGUUCAUGCGUCUAUUGUAGUACUGUUUGGGUUUCCGGAAUCUGUCAUGCAAACAGUACCACGCAGCAGCGCUUGGGGUUGGUAUUUUGCGUGACAAAUGACGAGGGGGGGGGGAGUUCUUGUGCACUCUCAUAAACGGCGGAAGAAAACGACAAGAACGCGUACUGCAAAAAAGAAUCUGCGAAGGGGCAGAAGGACUUGAAGAAAAAGCAGCAGGAACGCGAGAAACUCACCAUGCGGAAAGAGAAAGCGAUGGCAGACAAGACGAAAUAUGCCUUCCAAAAUUUUUUUUUCGUACUAGUAGAAAUCGCAUCACAAAUAAUUUGGUCAGCAUGAAAAAGGAAAUUUGUAAUGCUGGUUAGCGCACCAAGAUAGAUCUGUGAUGCAUGGGCACGAUAGCUGCGAUUUCUACCUCUACGAGUACGGUACUUUUGCCAUGCAUCCGAAAUUGGAGAAAACGAUUUCACAACUGGAGAAGAGAAUCGAAGAGAUCAACGCGGAUGUCGAGCAAAUCACCGCCAUGCGGGCGAAAAACAAGAAGCAAAACGAGGAGGAGAUCGCGACCGCGAUGGCGAACGAAGAAGCGUGCGGGAAGGCGAUCCAGGUUUUGCAGGAGUACUUCGCCGAGGGGACGGAAUCGGCCUUGUUGUUGCAGGAAAGUUCUAACACAGAGAUGCAAACGAGUACGAAGUCCCGGGUGUCCACCACCAACGUGGCCGAUUCGGUGAUCGCGCUGUUGGAAACCGCGGAGGCGGAUUUCGCGAAGUCCAAAAUUGACGUGCAGAAUUUAGAACAGUCGUUGAAGUCCCAGUUUGAACAGAAAACGCAGGAUUACAAAGUCGAACUGGCAUAUGGAUCUGUCAGGAUUGAAAUCGUCAAAGUUGAAAUGAUUUGCCAUGCAUCAGAUGGAUGCCAGUUGGAACACAGGUUUCAAGUGGCGCAUGACAAAUUUUGGCAGUAUUGAAAUCCAAUUUGUCAUGCUGCUUGGACAGAGAAGACUGCUUUGGUUAUGCUGCUUUAGCAGCUCUAUCGCAGACCCCAAACAGGCUUACAGUCGGCCUCGCUUGCCACCCUUGCAAGACAGGCACCUUGUGCAUUGCGUUUUAUGCAAUACAAAAAUUUUAUUUUCAACUUUGACGAUUUCAAUCCUGACGCUUCCAUAUGGCCACGACGAAGCAGACGAUUAAGGGUUACCAGGGAGAAAUUGAACAGUUAAACACGGGAAUCAACGACGCGGAGCAGGAUGAAACCAAUGCGGUGAAGGCGGAGGAUAUCCAGGAAAAACAUCCAUCCCCAUCCAUUUUUUGCAUGGCAAACACUGGAGCUUAUGCAUGUUUUGCAUGACAAAGUGGAUGGGGAUGGGUGUUUUCUCCUGGAUAGAGGACGCGGCUUUGGAAUACGUGGCGAAAAUUAAGGAGGAGUGUGAAACCAAGGCGGAUUCGUUUGAGGAACGGCAGAAACGGCGGGAGGAGGAGAUUGAGGGGCUGAAAAAUGCCGUGGAAAUUUUAGAGGGGGAGACGGCGGCGUGAUCAUAUUCCCUAUAAAUUUACCAUCCCCAACAUCCAAUUUCUUUGUCAUGCAAAACAUGCAAGAAUUGGAUGGGGAUGCUUCAUUUUCAGGGAAUACGUGAGAUCAGAAGUAGUAGCAGCGGCGAGGGAGAACAAGGGGUAUUUGUUUCUCCUUGCAGCUCCUGUUUGCUGAGCGCAGCACAAGAACGCUCCAUGAAAUCAAUGCAAAACCAAACUACUUACAUUUUUUCCGAACAAUCGAAGAUAGAAGUCUGACGUCGAUGAACACCAACACGUUCAAUUCGAAUUGAGUCAAAAAAAUUUCUGCCUUCGUCCCGACGUCCUCGAUUUGUG